GAUGCCAUAACUAAAUUCAGAUGUAAGCCUAAAACAACACAAAAUAAAAUAAAACUUUUCGGAUCACAAAAACUUAAAAAAAAAAAUAUGUCCGCCGUUGAGGAAAAGCCUGUGCCCAAGGAUUGCGCUAUUGCGUGUAGCGUAAAAAAAUCCGGCCAGAGCAACGGAAGGCGCAGCUUUAUAGUCACGGUGGACGACAAUGGCAAGGUCGAGGUCAGCCCCAGUGUCCAGUGCGAGCCGGAAGGCAGUCAGCUGCCAGUCAAGGAGCAGUCCAGCCCAAAGAUUCGUAAUGCAAACCGAAAGUCAUCGCGCGGCGGCAAGCAGCGCCUACGGCUAGCGGUGCUCGAGGAGAACGCCGGCAGCUCGGACAGCGAGCUGGCCAACGGUGAGGAGAAGAACAGCAACGAUAUGAUCAGCAUUGAUGCGCAAUCGCUGGAGACAAUGCACGAUCGAUUCGUGAAAAUCUACAACAAGAAACUGCGCGGCAAGCCCAGCUUUGUGGUGCUCGAGGAUGCGCUGGUGCGCAAGCGUAUGGAGCAGACGCUGCAGGGCCGCGCCGUCUGUCACAAUCAUGCCGAGCAGCAGACAUCCCCCUGCGACAUAGGCGCCAAUACGGGCUCCCAGACCGACGAGUUUCUGCUGCAGUGCGCGAUGCGGUCGAGCAUGCUCAAGGGACACAGCCGUGGCUGCCAGGCGACAGAUGUCACUGCCAAAACGCCGGAAUGUGGUGCCUGCGCGGCCAGGCGCAGCAGCAUGAGUGCGCCGCCGCUGCGCCGGCUUAGCCAAAUGUGUGCUCUGCAACUGGAGAAGUUGAUGCAAGCAGAAACCGCGGCUGCCAAGACUGCAGCCACAGCUUGUGCCAAGCCCGACACAUCGCCACAUGUGACCAUCAGUUUUGUGCCCGUUGCAACACAGACGGCCACCAACACGGUUAAUGCACAGCCACAACAGCAACCAUUGCUGGCAACAACAGCUUUGCCGCACAGCAACUGCGCGAAUUGUUGCGCACACCAGAACAACAACAGUUGCUGUCAGCCAAUGCCAAAGGCAACUCACUGCCAAUACUGCCAGCAAGCUGCUGAUAGCAACAAUUACAGCUGCUGCUUGAGGCAGCAACAGCAACAACUACUGCUGCAACAGCAGCAACAGCAGCAACAGAUGCAGCAGAUGCAACAGCAGCAGCAGCAGCAUCUUUUUGCACACGCACAGCAGCAACAUCCAGUUGCAGGACCAACUUAUAGUCAUUGCUGCAGCAGUUGCUGCUUGUUGAGGCCGACGAUGGCACAAACAGCGCUCGGAUUUGGCCAAGCACCGGCUAUGCCGAACCAUUGCAGUCAUUCAUUGCUGCUGCCGCCGCCGCAGCAGCACGAGUAUCCCCUAAGAGGCUGGGCACCACAGCCCAUCAAUCCUUGCCUCUGUUAUCCCAUGCCCGCGGUCAGCAUGUCAACCUACGACAUACCACACUGCGCCAGCUGCCACAUGCAACGCCAUUCCUGCGCUGCAUGCUACGAUUACCAGCAGCAACAGGUGCACCAUCUGCAGAAGCAGCAACAACAGUUUGUCUGCCUGGGCGGCAGCAACCAUUUGGAUGACCCGCGCUCGUCGUCUAGUACGCCCGAUCACAGUUCGACGUCCGAGAUGCAUGUGAGUCGCAGGCGUUCUAGGAAGCACCGGGCCAAGGAGGCGACUGUGCUCAGCGAGCACAGUGACUCUGAGCUGCAUACCAGCGCUUCCCAGCUAACUGUCAGACGGGUAAAUACACUCGGCUCCAGUGAGAAGACCGGCAAGAAGGUGCAGCUGUCGCGGAACAAGGCGGGUGCAGCCAUUGCAGCCACAAAGGUCUACAUGGCACGCUUUGGACGCACCUGCCUGGUGCUGAAGCCGACCUCGUCCGCAAUGCCAACACGCCUGCUGACCAAGCGCAUCAGCCGCUACACCUCCGUUAUGGCCUGGCCCCACAAGGUGGCCAGAAAGUAAAUUAUACAAAUUACAUUUGCCAAACCAAUAAACCCAAGUAGAUCCGAAACUAUG